AGUACCAGCACUGCAACACCAGACUCUUCAUCAACUACUGCAUCAACAACUCUAUCAGGUGCAACAACCGCAGGAAGCUCUACUCCAGCAUCGACCAGCAUCUCAACAUCACUACUCACUACCACAAGUGGUGAGUACCAUUGUAAAAUUUAUCCUCCAAUCUAAUUCAUGUGCAAAGGUUGCUUGAUGGGUUUUUGAUGUUACAGCAUGGAUAUAUUAAAUUAAUUGAGAUAUUUGUAUUCUGCCAAAGAGGUAGCGGAAGACAGCACUUUGUGUUUUAUUCAGGUUUCUGUGUAUUUCAUUCCAAGCUGCCCGUUUCUGUAAGUAAUGCCAUUCUUCACUUCCACAGCACCAUCAGAAACUUCGACUGCAAGUGCACAGACCACCACUGCAGCAGUGAGUUCUGCAUCAACAUUAACAAGUCCAACAGCACAAACAACGGCGAGCAGCUCCACUCCAGCAUCGACAGCUGAAUCAACGACAAUCACAACAACACAAGCUACUGCAACAAGUGCAGAAACCACAACUGCAAGUGUGCAGAGCACCACUGCCGCAUCGAGCACUGCAUCAACUCUCACGUCAACAAGUGCAGCAGAAUCAACAACUACAAGCAUCUCCACUCCAGCAUCGACGGCUGAAUCAACAACAAUCGCAACAACACAAGGCAUGACAACAAAUGCUGAUUAUCAUAAUACAUGUUUAUGUUGCAACCUGAUACCUUGAAAUGUAAAGCAGGAUUAUGUCUAUCUACAGAAAUAAAAACAAAAUAGUGCAUUUUUGCUGA